AGAAAUUAAAUAUGUGGGACCACCAACAUCACAUGUGCACCUUAAUUGGACUUUUGGAAACCGGAUUUCAAUCUCCAAAAUUUUCUUUCUUCUGGGCCAUUUUCUUUCUGGCCAAACAGGAAAGAAUCUCUAAAAUUUGUUGCUCACUAAAAUAAAAAUAAAGUAAAUAAAUAAACUGGAAAAUAAAUAAACCAGUCAGUCACAGUCGGUUUUCCCAUUGACGAGACAGCUCCCUCUCCCAUCUCCAUCCAUCACCCUUCAUUUCUUGAUUUCUUUUUUUUUUCUUUGAAACCACGACUUGAGUUUUCGAUUUCAUUUAUUUUCCAAUAAAUAAAUUGGGUUUUAAUUAUAUAAACAGAGAGACAAAUUGGAAAUUUCUUUAAAACUUUGACUUUUUUUUUUUUGGUUGGGUUGGUGGUGUUUGAAAAGACAAGAAUGCCGCAGGAUACGACGUCCGAACAAGAACAUGAUGAUUCCGAUGCUGAGUUCGUGGAGAUUGAUCCUACGGGUCGUUACGGUCGGUACAAGGAGGUUUUAGGAAGAGGGGCUUUCAAAAAAGUAUACAGAGCAUUUGAUGAACUGGAAGGCAUAGAAGUGGCAUGGAAUCAGGUUAAGGUCAUAGAUCUAUUGCGUAAUUCUGAAGAUUUGGAGCGUCUUUAUUCAGAAGUUCAUUUGCUUAAAACUUUGAAGCACAAGAAUAUAAUUAAAUUUUACAAUUCGUGGGUUGAUACCAAAAAUGAAAAUAUCAACUUCAUCACUGAAAUUUUCACUUCUGGAACAUUGCGACAGUAUCGAAAGAAGCAUAAGCAUGUUGAUUUGAGGGCAUUGAAGAAAUGGUCUAGGCAGAUCUUGGAAGGUCUUCUGUAUCUUCAUAGUCACGACCCCCCAGUGAUUCACAGGGAUUUGAAAUGUGAUAACAUCUUUGUAAAUGGCAACCAAGGUGAGGUGAAGAUUGGGGAUCUAGGGUUGGCUGCUAUUCUUCGCCAGGCUCAAUCAGCUCAUAGUGUUAUUGGUACACCAGAGUUUAUGGCACCAGAACUCUACGAGGAAGAAUACAACGAGCUUGUAGAUAUUUAUGCUUUCGGCAUGUGUUUGCUGGAGUUAGUGACCUUUGAGUAUCCAUAUGUUGAAUGUGCUAAUGCAGCUCAAAUAUUCAAGAAAGUGACAUCAGGAAUAAAGCCAGCAUCAUUGGCAAAAGUGACUGAUCCUGGAGUCAAGUUAUUUAUUGAAAAAUGCAUUGCUAAGGUCUCUGAACGGUUGUCUGCGAAACAACUUUUAGUGGAUCCAUUCCUUCAACCUGAUGAGGAAAGUUACAGUGUAGGUCACUCUUUACGACCUAAAGCCCAUACUUCAGAUAGCAGUUCUGAUCAGACUAAUUUCAGGGGAAGUACCAAGGAUCUUCAAUAUGAGAUGAGUGUAGAUGUCAAAGUGCAAGGUCAGAGGAAAGACCUUACAACAAUAUUUCUGAAACUAAGGAUAGUAGAUUCCAGAGGUCAUAUUCGCAACAUCCAUUUCCCAUUUGAUAUCGAAGCAGAUACUGCAACUGCUGUUGCUAGUGAAAUGGUUGAGGAGUUGGACUUAACUGAUCAAGAUGUUGCAACAAUUGCUGAAAUGAUUGAAUCUGAAAUCUGGUCCCAUAUUCCUGAUUGGGUUCCAAUAGAAACUCCUUCUGAUAGCUUUGGAGAAAUCGCAAAUUCUGGUAAUCAUAUCAGUGAAAAGAAGGGUGAUGGAUCUCCAGUGGGUCACGACCCAACCUCAUCUCCAGCUAGUCUUUCACUGGAGAGAUUGCCGUCAGGUCGAAGAUACUGGUCUGACUCACCCAAGGCAGCUGGUGGGAACUCUCCAUCCAGGGCUGGUGUUUCAAACUUAGCUUGUCAGGUGGAUUUUGCAAGGUCUGCAGAUAGCUUGGCUGAACAUGAUGAACAAUCUCAUCAUAGCUAUGAAAGUGGAGGUAAAGUAAACAGUGGUACUUCACUUGAACAACUGGAGAAUGAGUUCACACGUCACUAUGGCAGAGAUGAUGAUGGCCAGGGGAAAAAUGGAAGCAGACCUACUGAUGUGCACAUGCAAUUGAGUGCAUCUGGGAAAAAUCUGCAUGAUGGGAAUGAAACACGUUCAUCAGGAGAGAACUGUAAGCUAUUAGAGGACACUGAAUCUGGAGUGAAGGCAAUAACAGAGAGACUCGAGUCUCUUUUGGUAAAGCGCCAAAUGGAGGUAGAUGAGCUAAAGAAGAAGCACAGAUUAGCCAUAUCAGAACUUCUGAAUGAACUUUCUCCAGAAAUCCGUGAAAAGGUUUUGGAUACAUGUAAGACGAAAAUACCAGAAUAUACUAUUCAAAAUGAGACAAACCGCUAAAUUUGCAUCCAACAUACCUAGGAUUCUACAUGGAAUUUGAGUUCACUUCUAGUCUCUCCAACGUUGCAGUUUGAUAAUAGUCCAGCUAUGCUCAUACUUAAAUAUCUAUUUUCACUGAAAAAAUAACCUUAUUAGAAGGGAUGGUGAUACAAAUAGAUACUCCAGUACCUCUUAAAGAGCGUUCAUUUUGUUUGGUGAAGUUGGAGAGUCUGUGUUGGUAGCUGAUAAAUCUGCAGAGUGUCUGAUGUGGCUGUUCGGUGGUGAUACCAGAGAGACAAUGCUUUGUAAUUAUGGCCCAGGGCAUGUGUGCUAAGUAGAUUGAUUCAUGUGAAAGGCAACCCAUGUUGGGCUGACAGGAAAGGAUUUAACAGAAACUUUGGCCUUUCCACGAAUUGCAUUGUGCUACUGAGGUGAGGCAUUGUUCCUGCAAGCCAUAUACUUAUGCAAUAUAAUUUUGCAUAUUUCUGAAGGUAUCUGCACAUCAUUGAUACACGAGUUUUGCCUUCGUUUUUCUUUUCUGAAAUCUGUUUUAGUUUGAUAUUUCUUUCAAAAACUUCCAAGGGAGCAUAUACCUGUACAUAUGAUUCUAUACUAGAAUCUGGCUACUUCAAAUUGCUGUCUGUCAAGGCUAUUGGCUUUCAUUGAUUUUUUUUGUUGGAAAGUUGGCUCGUCUAAUCCAAAAGUUCUUUGUAAAUGUGGCUUUAUAGAAACUUAUGGCCGUUUUGAAUGAUAUUGAUCUAGUAUUUAUAUAUGCAUCAGAAUUACUAUUUUGUGAUAUGAGAGGACCUAAUCUAUGGGGAUAAUGAUUG